AGGCGCCGCCGUACAAGCUGUGUGCUGUAGGCCGGUACAGCUUAGCCAAUGGUAGUCCGCCUUCCAUGGUCGGCCAGGAAGAGGGUCUGCGCUGUGUUGUGCACUUGUCAUUGUUGAAUGUGGAGCGGUGCGGGUGACAGUAGGAAGGAAUGGAUCACACGGGUCAUCAGGGGGCCUGAGGACACCACCCAGAGCGGACAUCACCGGGCACACCCCGGGCACCCUUCUCACCAUGACAACUCUUCAUCGGGCAAUCUAGGUGCUACAGCUGCCAUUUGGAGAGAAGCACUGUUUCCUUAAAAUAAGCUAUGCAACUGAAAAUGGCGCAUCCAGGACCAUUCCCUGUGUCUGACAUCUGGGGAAGAAGCAAUAUUUUGGUGUAAGCUGUGAAUCUUGCGAGCCAUACCAUGUAUUUAACAUUCUCCAGGAAAUCUGUGUCACAGAAACUGAGCAUUCUACUUCUUGCCUUUGGUUUUGUUUGGGGACUUUUGUUGCUACGCUACACCUUUCAGUAUCCCAGGCAUCAGAGCAGCUCGGAGCUCCGAGAGCAGAUAUUAGACCUGAGCAGAAGAUAUGUCAAGGCCUUAUCUGAAGAGAAUAAGGACCUUGUAAAUGGCGGGAAUGGAGGAUCCAUGGCAGGAUAUGCUGAUCUGAAGAGGACAAUUGCAGUUCUUCUGGGAGACAUCUUGGAACGCCUCGGGAAGUUAGAAAACAAAAUUGACUAUUUUAUUGUGAAUGGAUCAUCCAGUAACAGCACUAACAGCACCACUGGGAAUCCAGUUCUAACUACUAGCAAACGCAUCCCAGCCACUGGAAAGAGAUGAUAUCAACAAAGAAACCAAGUAUUCCAUGCAAAGCUGACCGAAAGAUUCCACCACAACCUCUCCAGCUAUAACAAUGGGUAUAAUAAACUGUUAAUUCAAGAGCUUUAAUAUGAGGAAAGACGGCGCUAAUGUCAAGUGUUUAGCACUUGUCACAAUUCAAGCAUACCUGGCCAUAUUUUUUUUUUAAACAAUAGGGUAUGUUUUCUAUAUGAGUGAAUUUUAAUAUUCUGUUGAUUUGCUCUAGAUUAUAUAAUUUAGUACUGUUUUAGUGAUAAAAGAGGAAAUAUUUUGAACCUGUUGUACAGAUGUGUAUACUUGUAGUAUAUUAUAUUUUGCUACUCGAGUGUUUUAUGCUUAAAGAAUAAGUGCACUUUAAGAAACCCUUGACCCUGAUUUAUCAAGCUGCAUUUGCAUUUAAGAUACCCUUUAGGGCUCGUUCACACCUGCGGCAGUCCUUUCUGCCCCUCUGAAAAUCUAUCUGCAGUGGAUUGCUUUUUAGAAGGCUGUAGUGCAGUGGCUGCCAGGCAUUUUUAUGAGGCAAUACUUUUGUUUCCUGAAUUCCCAUUUUUGUUUUUUAGUCAACAAUUUACAUGUAAAUACCUUGGUGCAAGCUGAGCACUUGGGUCGAGGUUGCAGUGCAACCCCAUUCAACAAGACCUUAUAGUGCACUUAAGGCAUGCUUAACUGACUUUUUAACCAAUAUUAUUAUGUUCCAUGCCUUAAGCACCAUUUUAGCACUGCUUAACUGACAUUGCAGCUUUCUGAACCAAGGCCCUUAGCUCCUAUAACCUAUCUGGGCAACAAAUCGAGCAUUUUUGCAAGGUUUAUCUGUCUAGUUAUCUCUUCUUUUCCUUUAGAAGCAGUGAUGGGAUAGAUUUUUUGUUUUUAGAUAUCAUACCCUACCUAGGUGGAUGCAACAUUGUUCCGAUGCUGCAUCUGUCCCCUGCAG